AUGAGUACCUCUCAACUCUUUCGAAGACGACAGUCUGCACACGAUGGAAUUCGCCGGAAAACUGUGCGCUGGAUUGCUUCUCCUCUCGAAUCGUCUUCGAAAACUUCUGGAGAAUACGCGCUGUCUUCAGGAGUAGAUCACAAACCCGCCGAGGAGACUGACAAUCAAUCGAUAUCGGACCGGUCCUCCCUUUCAGACGACGAGCUUCCGCACUUCAGACAUGACCACGAAUCGAGUAAGAUCGAGCUCUUCUAUGAUCUCUUUCUCGUCGCCAAUCUCACCAGUUUCACGACCGACCACGAGAUCAUUAAUGGACAAUCACUUCGAAAUUAUGUUGGCUUCUUCGCAAUCGUGUGGUUUACUUGGUUGGAGACUUCGCUAUUCGACGUCCGCUUUGCUGCGGAUUCGGUCUUCACCCGGAUAUGUAAGGCUAUCGCAUUCGCUGCCAUGACUGGGAUCGCCGCCUGCGGUGCCAACUACAACACCGGAGACGUUUCGGAGCAUCUUAGGACUUUUCGUUCACUCUCAAUCAUUUUGAUGUGUUCACGACUUGCUCUUGCAAUCCAAUAUAUUGUUGUCCUACUCUAUGUCCGCAAGUAUCCUAGGACUCGGGUACCCCUUCUCUCGACAAUUGCAACUCUUUUCCUUUCAGCCAUGGCUUUCCUUGGGACCUUUUUUGCCUUUAACCUUAACGAUGAGAGUACCGAACCCGACAGAAGCACUUCACACUCCGGUGGACCACCAGUGUACAUCUCUCAUUAUAUUAUUGUCUGUGUCGAGGCUAUUGGGGUGAUCACCAUCUCUUGCAUUUGGAGAUCUAUCAGCUUCAAAAAAACUCACCUCGUCGAGCGCAUUGGGCUGCUAACGCUCAUCAUCAUGGGCGAGGGUAUCAUAGGGAUUACGAGGUCGAUUUCCAAAGUAUUGCAGAAUUCCGUCAACACGUCUGGAAGCGUGUUUGGCAUAACCAUCUCAGCGGUUUUGCUAUUAUACUUCGUAUGGAUCCUGUACUUUGAUCAGAUCGACCACGACCGCUUUGGUACCAUUCGACAGCAAGUAUGGGCCAUCCUUCACUUCCCACUACACACAGCUCUAAUUCUAGUUUCAGAGGGCAACGCUACCCUGAUCCUAUGGAAAGUCAUUAUGAGGUAUCUUCUUGAAGCAGUCAGAGUCGAGUCAGUAGCCACCCACGAUAUGGCGAACUCAACCAAUGACGAAGUCGUCGAAUAUCUCCAAGAGAAGCUCGAAACUUUCACUCACCACUUCAAGCAUGAGACGUUGUACAGGCUCGGUGUUGAAAACUUCGUUAACGAUUCUCUGUCUGAUAUUCGUCAAAUCUCUGCAAACGACAGCAGCGGCCGCGAUGAAUACAUCGGUGAGAUACGAGACAGCAUGUUCGAUCUGGUUUUUGCAGCUUUUGGUAUUGAAGUCGAUGAAGGAGACGCAACCUGGGAACCUCAACUGGGCAUUUUCUGGACGGUCCUAUAUUACUAUUAUAUUGCUGCUGGCGUGUUUGCGGUGCUCCUUGCAGUGCUAUACUGGUUCGGCAAGACGAAGAAAUCCCGUGAGGAAUGGGUCAGCAUUGUACUCAGACUUGUUGUGGGAAUUGGGCUCUGCACAACGACUGCCGCUCUAUUACUUAGCGACACACCGUCAACUUCAGGAUUCAUCUUAUCUGCAUGGACUGUCACGGUCAUCAUGUUGGCAUACUUUGUCAUUAUAAUCCUCGACAAUCUACUGGAUGCGUACGCAAACCAUAACUCAGCUCGUCGGAGAUCUUCAUACGUCGACACUAAUCGACGCGCCAGAGAUGAACAGGUCGCACUGGCCAAGGCGACGAAGGCCGAUGUGACAGCGCAGGGGGAAUCAAUAAAGCUGAGGUUGCUGGAGGCUUCGGCCGUUGAGCAAGCUGAUCGUCAAACUACAGAAGAUCCUCAAUCCUCGCGCUCUUUCAGUACUCAGGAUGCCUCGAAAAGCAACGCGGUCUUACCGAAAACUGAGUAA